AUGCCACUUCCGCUUCUUCUAGGCUGCUUCCUGUCACGUGACUUCCACGGUGUGGAAACCGGCCGCUUCAGUUGGACCUUGCGGCGCUUCAUAGUUUUGCGGACAAAGGUUGCCUGGGGGCGGUUGUUCAGCGGUGCUCUCCCGUGCACGUCCCUCUGCCGGUGCCGGCCACCGCGGCGGGCCAGGCAGGCGGGGACUCGGCGGCGGCGGACGCCCCGCCUCCGCGCUCUCCGCCGGCGUGCCCUACGCCUGCGCUGCUCUCACGCCCCUUCUGCGCCGCGGUCUCCGCUCCGUUCCUGUGCCCCGGCGUCUGAGGCCGCGCACCGGUCCCGGAAGUGGGCUCGCGCCCCGCGGUUCUGCUUCAGAGCGGCGACCGUCGCCACGGUGGCGGCCACUGCAUCUCGUCCCACCUCCGCCGCCCUAGGCGCGGUGGUGUCAGCGGGCCCCGAGCCUAUGACGGGCCAGGGCCAGUCGGCGUCCGGGUCGUCGGCGUGGAGCACGGUAUUCCGCCACGUCCGGUACGAGAACUUGGUGGCGGGCGUGAGCGGCGGCGUCCUGUCCAACCUCGCGCUGCAUCCUCUUGACCUGGUGAAGAUCCGCUUCGCCGUGAGUGAUGGAUUGGAACUGAGACCGAAAUAUAAAGGAAUUUUGCAUUGCUUGACCACCAUUUGGAAACUUGAUGGACUACGGGGACUUUACCAAGGAGUAACCCCAAAUGUGUGGGGUGCUGGUUUAUCCUGGGGCCUCUACUUUUUCUUUUACAAUGCCAUCAAAUCUUAUAAGACAGAAGGAAGAGCUGACCGUUUAGAAGCAACAGAAUACCUCGUCUCAGCUGCUGAAGCUGGAGCCAUGACCCUCUGCAUUACAAACCCAUUAUGGGUAACAAAAACUCGCCUUAUGUUGCAGUAUGAUGGUGUUGUUAACUCCCCACAGCGACAAUAUAAAGGAAUGUUUGAUACACUUGUGAAAAUAUAUAAAUAUGAAGGUGUGCGUGGAUUAUAUAAGGGAUUUGUUCCUGGGCUGUUUGGAACAUCACAUGGUGCCCUUCAAUUUAUGGCAUAUGAAUUGUUGAAGUUGAAAUACAACCAGAAUAUCAAUAGAUUGCCAGAAGCCCAAUUGAGCACAGUAGAAUAUAUAUCUGUUGCAGCACUAUCCAAAAUAUUUGCUGUAGCAGCAACGUACCCAUAUCAAGUUGUGAGAGCUCGUCUUCAGGAUCAGCAUAUGUUUUACGAGGGUGUAUUGGAUGUAAUCACAAAGACAUGGAGGAAAGAAGGCAUCGGUGGAUUUUACAAAGGAAUUGCCCCCAAUUUGAUUAGAGUGACUCCAGCCUGCUGUAUUACCUUUGUGGUAUAUGAAAAUGUCUCACAUUUUUUAGUUGACCUUAGAGAAAAGAAAAAGUAAGCUAAAAGAAGAUAAUUCCAGUACAUCUGCCCAAGGCAGCAACAUGCUUCUUUGUGUUUGAUAUGUAAAACUCAGAAGAACACUGCACAGCAACAUGGCUCAUAAUCGAAAUUGGUCUAUAAUGAUUAGAAGUUAAAGAACUGCUAAGUCUUCGCAAUGUUUUUCUGCUUUUUGCCUUCUCCAUAUGUAUGGGACUUGGCUACCUCUGCCUGAAAUGGCUGCCAUCAACACAACGGUAAAACUGACAUCAAGUGGAGAGUAUCACAGAUUUCUCCAUUUCAUUAUUCUAGUAGAAGCUGAUUUGCAGCAUUUGCUAAGUGGAUUAGAUGAAUGUGCUGCUUUUUCUGAACUUACUUGCCUGAAUUGGCUUUAAGAUCGACCUCUGUGCAAUAGCAAGAAAAUGGCUUCUUAAAAGAAUGUCAUUGCUGUUUCAAGAGUAAAUUAAAUUUUAAGGAUUUGCUGGAAAAGGUGUUGCCCAAAUCCAGACCAUUUUAGAGAACUGGGAAAUAUGGGUGAGAAAAAGAUCCACUAUAAAUGUGCUUUAGUUUUAAUUCAGUUGGAAUGCACUAAGUAGAGAAAUUUGAGAUGUACUUCCCUUAAUUUGAGAAAUAUCUGACAUCUGUUGUCAUUCCAUCACUAAUUUUAUUUCCAGAGGCUCUGCCGUAAUUUAAAAUGUAAUCCUGGAUCCAGUUAUUAUUUCUUUUGGUAUACGUACUUAUGUCAGCCCUCAUUUAGCAUGUUUGGCUAUAAAUCACUUAUUGGAGUUGCUAAUACAUCACCUUAUGCAGAUACUGGAAUGAUUAGGAUGUGUUUGUUGGCAAACUAUAUGGAAAUGAGAAACUUUAACUUCCUACUUCAGUUCUCAAAUAUAUAGGUCCAAAUCCCAAAUAAAUGAUUAAUUUACAUUGGUUGCUUAUAUUCAGGCUUAAAUAUAAAUUACAUUAAGGGCCUUUAUUCCUUCUACUUUUAUGAGUCAUUGUAAAUAUCUGUAAGUAUAAAGGCCUACCCCAAAAGGAUAUUAAUAUUUUUCUGUAUCAUAAACAUCUAUGAAUGCUGGUGCAUUACAUCUAUUUGUUGUAAAUAAAACAUUGUAGUUUUCAAAGCCAUAUUUAAAUGGUUCUUUGAAAAUAGGUCUAUUUUUUAUAUUUUGAAAAUGGCAUUGUUUUAAAAAUAAAGAUGAAGUAAGUACCUAGUUGUAUUUACUAUAAUCUCUUGUAAUCUCUUACUACAUAUAUAUAUAUAAAAUCUCUCUUACUAUAAUCUCUUGCACAGGAAUGCUUUAUAAAUUAAAUGUGAUGUAUUUUUUCAUACUUCUGGAUUGUACUAUAAUUCAUAUGAAAUCCUGAUAUUACUCGCUAUGUGCAGAGAGAAGCUGCAGUUAUUUGGAGUUUUAGAGGUAGUGCCAUUAUUUGAAUGCCUUCUCUGUGCCCCCCAAUUAAUAAAACAUAAUUCCUGUACUGUAAGAGCAUACAAGCUUGCAGAAUAACUACAUGUUCUACGUGUAAGCAUGCAACACGUACACUUCUAGAUUAAGAACAUGCGGGAAGAUUUUUACAAAGCACUGUAAGAGUUCUGAGAAAAGAGAACUUGUUCUCAUUGAACAACAAAUAGUUACUGAGCUUCUGCUCUGUGCCAGGGAUGUUACCAGCCAUUGAGGAUAUAUAGCAGAAAAUAAGCCAGACAACACUUCUGCCCUCAGGGAAUUUUCAUUUUAGUGUGAGUGACAGAAAACAUACAAAUGCAUAUGCAUAAUGUAAUUUUAGGUAUUAAAUGCUAGAAAUAAAACUAAAGCAGAGUUGGGAAUAGUGUUGUUCUGUUAAGUAGGAUAGUCGGGGUCAGGAAAGGUCUCACUGAGGGGUAAUAUUCCAAACAUCUUGACAUAAGUGAGGAAGAAGCCGCAGUGAGAGAGGAAACACAGAGAGAAUACAAAAUACAAACAAAGACCCUGAGAUAGGAAUUGACUUGGCUGGAGGGGAUGAGUGGCCAUUACAGGUUGGUGGGAAAGAGUGCAGGUUAGGGAGCCAGACUGUCUGGCCUCAUGUUUCAGCUUUCACAUUUUCUGUUUGACCUCAGGCAAAUCACUUGACCUCUCUCUGUUAUGUUUCCUCCUCUGUAAAAUGGUGUCUUAGGUCAGUUCCUUCGUAGCAACGCCUGAGAUGGGGAUUCUUGGGCAAGUGAUUUAUUGAGGGAGUGCUCUUAGGAGAACUCUGUAAUGGAGUAAGGAAACAGGAUAUGGCAGGGGAGGAAGAGUUUCAGAAGCUCAGCCUCCGCCUGAUCCUGCAGGGCGCUCAGCAGUGUGGAUUGGACCCCAGAGGUUGUCCUGCCCAGAGCUGAGGGGCUGGGCUAUUAUGUUCCUGCAUCAGUCAUUGACUACCUGCUUAGGAGGAGGAGGGGGUGAAGGGGAGGCUAGGUGCCUUGCCUCAGCCAAAAGCAAUCCUUCAAAUCAGGUGGAGGUGUGAGCUGUUAGUAGCCAACAUCUGCAGCAGCUGGGCCAUGGGUGCACCAGCCUUAUGAAAGGCAUCUGGGUGGGUGGGUCAUCGACAGCAUCUACACAAAUGAGGACAUCAAAAGUAUGCAGCUGAUAGGAUUAUUGAUAGGGUUAAAUAGAUUAAUCCAAGUAAAGUACUUAGCACAGUCCCUGGGCCAAUAAUCUUGGGCUGGGGCUAGAUCUUAAAGAGCAUGGUAAGGGGUUUAGACGGGAUGAGCCCUCAUUCUAGUGGUUGUAUGGAGAAACAAGAGAUAGGAAAGAAGCAGGGACACUAGUUAGUAGGCAGAUUUCUAGCCAAGAGCUGGUGGUAGCCUGAACCUGCUUGAUGGAGUUAGAAGUAGUUUAUAGCUUGAGGGGGAACUAGAGCAGGGUUCAUGGAUGGGAAAACAUUUAAGCUGGGCCUUGAAGGAAGAGAUUUGAAAGGGAACCACAGAAAAAAGCACAGGUAACAUGUCUUGAGCAGUGAGUCGUCAAUCAGUGUGGUAAUGAAAGAAGGAAGAAGAGAAAGCUGAAAGGUUAAGACCAGAAAAUGGGAAUUCUCAGAGCCUUACUAAAUGUGUCUAGGUUUUAUUUGAUGGAGAAAUGAGAGUCAUUAAUAGAAUGGAGAGACACUACAUCUUAGGGGUAACAGGAAGACCAAUCAGAUAAGAGGAGCAAACUCAAAAAGAAGGGGUUAUCAACCAUGUAAACUUUUUAGUAGGAUGAAGAUUAAUACCACUGAUAACUUUAAGUAGAUUCAAGUUAUAGAGGCUGAAGACAGACUGUAAGCUAAGCAGGUGGGACAAACUGCAAGUAUUUAUUUCACUAUAGGCUCGCUCUUGGAUUUCAGGAGAUGAAGGAAAGUUAAAGAACUUUAGCUUGAAGAAAGUACUGAGAGUCUAGGAAGGAGUGGAAGUGGGGGAGGUUGGCAAAGGGAAACCAGAACAUUAUUUUAGGGAGACCGCUUGAAGAUUAAGAUACAGGCCAAAGAAAAAAAGCUGGCUGGAGCUUGGCUCCAGAGAAGGAACAUAUGGAAGAAUAUGAUCCAAGAUAAUGAUGGGUGCCAUGCCUUGUGAAAAGAAGGCAGUUAUGUUUCAAUAUAUGCUUUUGUAGUCUGGCAAUUUUAGCAAGUCAUGUUGUCUUUUAAACACCACACUAAAAAAGGAUAUCAACUAAAAAAGUAUAUUUGAGUUCAUGAGUCAUCAGAGAGAGAUUUUCUUUUGAAUGUGGACACUUUACUGAAUGUAAGAUCCUCCAGAUCAAGUACGUAAUAGCCCUUUUGUAGCAAGGUCUCUUUAGUGAUUAUAAAAUUAUGUAUAAAAUACUGUGAAAUGAUUUAUUUAACCUUUAUGUCUGUUUUCUAAAAAAGUGUUAGGUAACAUGCAGAAAAUAUGUGAAGUUUUGGGUUAGUUAAGAUCUCAAAUUUCUUUCUGAGUAGAUAGGAAUAGACUCUGGAGGUGGCUGUAGUGAAUAUCUGGUAUUGGCUGCCCGGCAUCUGUUUCUCUUCCUUCUUGGAGCAAUAGCCUGAAUUUCUUUUCACAACCUACCCCUCCCUCCAUUCUCACUUUUGUGAUUGAAAUGGAAUGGGCCUCACCUGCCCCACUGGAGGGCCUUGAUUAGCAGAGCCAAUCUGAACGUGUCAUCUCUCUUCAUAAUGAAUGGUUUGGAAUUGGAACAAUUACCUAAGUUGGUCCAAUCAGAGUGUUUCUUAAAGAUACUUUUUCUGAGUGUACUGACAGAUUCUCUCAUUGCUGUUUCAUGAAUGAAGAUUCAUGUAAUUCUCAGAGCUCCUCAAAGCCAGUUUAGGGUCAUGUAUUGAGGGAAGUGAGUUUGUCCAAAAUGAAGUCAACACGAAGGAAAUGAUGACAAAAAAUUGAAAGAAACUAGGUCCUAAAUCGUAUGAGAUUCUGAAUCAGUUCUCACACCUAGCAACAUGUACCUCUGUAGUUUUCAAUUGAGUGAACCAAUAAAUUUCCUUUAUUUUUUAA